CCUCCACCCAACCACCAGCACCCCAGCACACCGCACACCGCACCCCGAUGUUCCGCCGCUGUUUUUUCACUCGCGCUCUCCGUGUGUCCGUCAUCCAAACGGGAGCAUGAUAUUCAAGAUCCUCUUCACGACCGCGACGGCGGACGAAGUGCCGACGCUGCGAGGCUCGCCGACGAGGAAAGCCGCAAGUCCUAUUCUUAUUUUUUUCUUGUCUGAUCCACGGGUGUCUCUGACGGGCCGACCAACGGAUGCUACGCGUUGCUGCAGAUGAUCACGCCGCAGGCAACGCCUUCUGACAACCCCCAGCCGCCGUUCGACCAGAGCCCCGUCCUCAGAAACGACUUUACGUCGGACGUGCAGCUUAUCCAGAUGGACAUCGCUCUGAAAGACGACCGUUCGCCCAUCGGCUGGGUGUUCGGCACCUUCAUGUACGACGGGUCUCGCCCAGACGCCGACCCCUGGUACCGGCUCAUGCCCGUGGGCCUCAUGUGGGGCAACGACCCGAAGAUGACGCAAGCCGCGUACGACGCCGGCUGCUUCCCGACCGAAAGCUGGAUCAACCCCGCCGCCUCCGAACUCCUCAACACCCUCGGCGGGACCCGCCCCUUCUGGGGCUGGAACCGGCGUCUAAACGGACCGGCCGACAAUUUCAUCUCAUCCUGCGUCUCGUGCCACUCCACCGCCGGACGCACGCCCGACGGCUCGCCGACGAUGCGCAUGACCCCUCCCCACCUCGUCAAAACGCCCGAGUCGGAUCGGUGGGCCGCGAUCGCGAAUAACAAGGUGCCCGAGGAAUAUCGAGCGGACCCGGACGCGUACGCGAUGAAGUGGUUCGAAAACGUGCCUGCGGGAGGGUUGCCGUCCAUAUCGCGAAAAGACGCGCUCUCGGCGGAUUACAGCCUUCAGCUCGCGCUGGGGUGGGAUAACUACCGUAGCUGGCGGAAGGAGCAAGAACGCUCGGCGUCCGCAGCUCCGCCAGGGAGGAGGGUGAGCCUUGCGGACAUGCCGCCUCCGGAUCCACAUCAUACGACCGACGAGAAGUAAGGAGGCGCAGAGCGGGCUGACGAUGAACGGAGCCCUGGAGUUUUCUUCUUCCCGCUCGUCGUCAGCCCGCCUCUGCGCACGCUGAUUCAGGCGCAAGGCGCUGUGUGCUCGUGGACUUCCACCUACCGUAUA